AUACAGUUUUUUCAACAGAGAAAUGCAAAACGAACUUUCAAUUUCUGUUGAUUCUCACUUAGCCAUGCUCCGCCUCAGCUCCGCCGCUGACGCCACCACCGGAAAAUUCUCCGGCGACCAAUCUCCUCAUCAGCAAUGCCAUUCUUGUUGUUCCGUCAAGAAAAUCCCACAAUUCUCACCUGAAAUUUCCACCACCACCAUCGCCGCCGCCGGAGCUGCCGUCAUUACAGCAGAAACACUUGCCACGUCAUGUAAGACAACUACCCUUUACGGCGGCGCCACCACCACUACCAAGGGAAAGAGACACUCAAACUGUCGUUUCUCUUCUUCUCUGGAAGAGCCAUUUCCUAAAAGAACUGCCACCGUUCUACCACCCAUUUCCACCACAGCAGACGGCGGCGCCGGUGGUUCCAGCGACACCUACAACAUCAAUCACAGUAACCAUUUCCAAGGUUUCAUCAAAAUCCCACUUCAAAAUAACCAAGAAUCUCCGGUGACUCCAUCGCCUUCACCAUCUCCGGCGAAACCACCAUUAGCGCCGCCAUUUCCUCGACCCCUUUAUCGGACUACUUCAGAUCCCACUGGUAAAUCCCCUAAACCCCCUUCUCACCGUACCCUCACAAGAACAUCUAGCUGGUCACCAAAUGAGCUCAAUUUCAACAAUGGAGAAUCUUCUACCACAAUGAAAUCCCCAACUCACUCUGCUGUUGCAAGAACAGCUAGCUGGUCACCAAAUGUUCAAGAAUUAGGUGGUUUAGUUAACAAUGGAGAAUCUCCUGCUGCAAUGAGGUUAAAGAGAAUGAAAGAUGGAAUGAGAGAAAUGAGACAAUGGUGUGACCUUAUGAUUCAAGAAGAAGAAGUAACUCUCCAUGAAGAAAAUAAGAUUGUAAAGGAUGAUGAGACAGAUAGUGGUGGAGGAGAAGCAUUGUGUGAGGAGGCUGUAUGGGUAGAAAGAAUGGGGAACUGUCUGAUUCUUCAUUUCAAGUGUCCUUGUGGUAAAGGAUAUCAGAUUCUGCUAUUUGGAAAUAACUGCUACUAUAAACUCACCAAUUUCUGAAUUUGAUCAUACAACUCUACUUUUGUCUGUUUUU